AUGUACACAGUUUGUGAUGAAUGUAGGCUCUGGAAUCUCUUUGAGGUCAAGGGGCUCCAACCUGGGGGCGAGGAGAUGACUCUCAAGCAGUUUUUGGACUUCUUCAAGACAGAGCACAAGCUGGAGAUCACAGUGCUGUCCCAGGAUGUGUCCAUGUUCUACUCCUUCUUCAUGCCAGCUGCUAAGCUCAAGGAACGGCUGGACCAACCUAUGACGGAGAUCGUGAGCCGGGUGUCCAAGCGGAAACUGGGCCACCAUGUGCAAACACUGGUAGUGGAGCUCUGCUGUAACGACGACAGCGGCGAGGACGUGGAAGUGCCCUACGUGCACUAUACCAUCCACUGA